AAUUAAGCCUGAGAUUAYUUGUUGUCGUCCUUCCCUACUAUAAUGUGUAUCCAACAAAAAACAUUAAUACAUGAAACAGGAUGAUGAACUGCUACGCGAUUAAGUUUUGAACAAUUUCCCCUCCAAGCAAUACUGGGUGCGACAGUUGUAGUAUUCAAAAAAUGUCAUAAAAUUCUGUACUAUGUUAGUGUUAGGAUUCAGAAAAACAYAAAUGACAGUGAAAGAACUGCCGUUGGCGGACAAUUGUUGAAUCGCACGGAAUACACACAGYUUCCAAGAGAGAAAAUUCUAUAUUGAUAAUUAAAAGAAGCGGUUGGCUAGUAGGGAAUACACAAGUCCAACUAAACUACUCAGAAAGAAGAUCUGUUUAUAUACAAAGAAAUCCUCAAGAGAAUGGGCUGCGGAUCUUCACAAAACGCCAAGAUAAGAACGGAAUUCAAGACAAUUCCUUUGUCAACAGCACAGAAGUACUUGGUAAGGGAGACAUGGGAAACAAUUGAGCAACACAAAAAUCCCGUUGGGAAAAAGACGUUUUUGAGGUUUUUUGACAUGAAUCCRGAUUUCCAAAAGCUAUUUCCCGAGUUUGUUGGUCUCAAUCGAGAGGAACUGGAAAAAGCCAACGCUUUGCAUGGACAUGCCAAGAGAGUUAUGAAAGCGGUAGAAAAUGCAGUCACAGCUAUGGAUGAUGCCGAGAGUUUUACGGCUUACCUCGAAGGACUUGGACAGAGACACGUGAACAGGGCCCUAAAGCCUUCCUAUCUCGAUGCAAUGCAAGUAGCACUUAUGGAUACUCUUAAAGACCUUCUACAGUCCCAAUGGACCCAGGAAACAUGCGAUGCUUGGAACAUCUUGUUUCGGUUCAUUGCUGAUACCAUGAAAAGAGGACUACAGUCUGCAUCGGCGUAAGAUCGUGYCAUCACUAUCGACCACCUAAUGUAUAUAUAUAGCGUGCAAGGAAGACGUUCAUGGCGAAUUUCCCUUUUUUUCUCUUCUCUUCUUAUUCUUCCAACGGCCUUUCGCUAGAAAAGCCUGUUUUGAGGGCUCAUGUACAUAGUGCUUGUAUAUUAUUGCAUUUUUGUAAAUAAAUCCUCGUAAUGAACUUGA